AUGACUGAGCAAGGUGCUGGGGGAAUGGACAGUGGUGGGUUCAUGGGCCAUACUCGUACCAAAUCCGAUGCCGAUGCCGUUCCACCAAAAGACGCGGCCGUCGAUGCGAGGGGGAAAACCACGAGCGAAGACGAUACCGAGUUCGCGCCAGCAGUAACAUCCGAUCAGGUUCCCCGGAGAGCGGAUGAGAGACACGAGUCGGCCGCGCCCAAGGGUAUGCUGUCAUCAACAGUAGCCCGCAACCCGUCAAGCAGUUCAACCCGAUCCGAGUCACCAUUAACAAGAGGAAACUCGUCCUCGAGUCAAACGAACGGCCCAAUAGAUUUCUCAAGGUCAGCGCCGUCUGGACCAUUAGAGCCUCCAGUAACCAAGACUACGUUGAGCGAGCUGGAUGUCAACAAAAUUAUCCACAACCCGAAACUCAGACAUGACAUAAACUUCGAUCCUGAGCUACACUUUAGGCCAAAUCUAGACGGCGAAAAGGGGAGGAGAAAACAGCAAAAGGCCGACCAAUUCUGGGCUAGCUUGAAGGAGCAACUGACACUUUUUGUAACGGACCGUGAUACCUUCUUGUCAAGGUACGGCGAGGAUGCACAGUGGUGUCUGCCACGCCUGCUCAAGGCAGUAAAGGACAUUAUUCAAACGCUGGUUCCAUCGCGAGACCGCCGCUACCUGAGCGAGGGUUUAAACGUCGAGCUGCUGAUCCAACAGUUCAAUAGGGGUGUAGCCGAUCUGGAGAAGCUGGCAUCAUGGCUCUCGUCGGUUCUCAAGCUGCACUGCGCCCCUAUGAGGGACGAAUGGGUCGAUGAGAUGUACCGCGAGCUCAGCAAUGGCAAUCGCAACAACGACAUCAACGAGCUGGUGAAGGGCAUGCGAAGCCUCCUGAGCGUGCUGGAAGCCAUGAAGCUUGAUGUGGCGAACCACCAGAUCCGAUGCUUGCGACCGAUGUUGAUCGAGGACACGGUGAACUUCCAGCAGCGCCUCUUUUAUAAGAAGCUCCAGGCGCGUAAGUUACCGAUCGAAGCCGCCAAGCGCUGGUACAGCAGGUCCGCUCGGGAACACUCGAGUGUUGCCACCCACUCCGAUGCCCUCCAAAGCCUUGGGGAUAUGGCCACAUUCUUCUACGGUCUCUCCAACUUGGUGCUGCCGUCUAGCUCUACCCCUACGGUCCCGGAUACUUUCGUAUUUGAUGAGGAUCGCAUCCUGAAGCUGAGAUCCGAUGCCGCAGACGCCAUAUGCCUCGACAUUUGCAUGAAGCAGUAUGAGGAUUUGGAGCAGGUUUCGCAGAUGAUGCCAUCAUCUAUGAGCAACUCGCAGCCGCCGAAUUUGGUCCCUGCAUACAUACUAGAGGAGGAGACGGUGCGUUCCAACCGAUCAUCGGUCGAUUUCGAUUUCAACACACCGCCCACUUCGUCGUCAAGACUUAGCUGGCAAUCUGGAUCAAGCCCCUGUCUCUCCAACACACCGUCACCCCGCAACUCCGGCUGCAUGUUUCCUCAAGUUGCUCCCACCAGCGCAGCCGACUCCCGCGCAAAGUCAGGCAAGCUUUAUUCAACCCUGGUCGACCUGCUGCAAACCGCCCCAUCGAUGCCCACGCCACAGCAGCGGUGGCAAAGCCUGGUUCCGGAUGUUGCAAUCCAGAUCAUGCGGUUUGUCAAUGCGCCGCAAGACCUUUUGCCUCUCAUUGAGCGCCGCCUGGAAGACUCGCUUGCCGAUUUCAACAGCGAUAAGUUUUUGGAUGCGCAGCACAGCUUCCACUCACGCUUGUUCAGCGAAUUGGCCGGCAAGGUACGCGAGUUUAAGAGCCUGUCAGGCUUGAGUCUUUUCACGGCAGCUACCAACAGCCGCGUCUCGAACCCGGGUGGGCGCUCCCAAGGCGCUCCUCAGUUCCUUCAGGUCGAUCGCUCACGGCAGGCUACGGCUGAGGAGCAUGGUCUGGAGGAUAUGGCCACGCGCAUGGCACACAUCGGACUGCUUCACUGGCGUGUGUGGUCGGAACUUGUUUACCGCGAAGUCGACAUCGAGGGCGAUGAGUCGAUGGAGAUGUCUGACGCUUAG